GUCCCAUUUUCUCAGCAGCCACAACAGAAGCCUCGCUGACUCACAGUAAAAAGGGCAAAAAAAGGUCUCCUUUCUUCUUCGCUCCUCUGUGUUUUCGUGAGCCAAAUGGAGGCUCUUCGCAUAACGUCAUCGCAGGCGCCUCUUCUCUGCCCUCACCGCCGUUACAAAUUGACACCACAAACCCUCCCUGUAUCCCGCAGGACUCCCAUCAAGCCCUUCAUUAAUGCCGUCUUCUCCAAAUCGGCGGCGGAUGUCCCUCCAUUGCCUACGUCAUCGCCUGCAAUUCCCUCGCCGACACCAUCCUCUACUGUUUCGACUGAUAGGAAGAAAGUUUCACCCAAUUCUCUCCGAUACCCGCCCGGUUACCUCGGGGCCGUACCUGAACGGACGGUUCAGGACGGGAGUAAUAACAUUAUUAACGCCAUGGAGUACUUGACGAAUAUACUUUCGGCUAAGGUUUAUGACGUUGCGAUUGAAUCUCCCUUGCAGUUCGCGCCUAAGCUGUCGGAGAGAUUGGGGGUCAAGGUCUUCCUCAAGCGAGAGGACUUGCAGCCGGUUUUCUCAUUUAAGCUUCGUGGAGCCUAUAAUAUGAUGGCAAAACUUCCUAAGGAACAGUUGGAAAGAGGGGUUAUCUGUUCAUCUGCUGGAAACCAUGCUCAAGGUGUGGCAUUAGCUGCCAAGAAACUAGGUUGUAAUGCAGUGAUUGCUAUGCCUGUAACUACUCCAGAGAUCAAGUGGCAAUCUGUUGAGAGACUGGGUGCAACUGUCAUACUAGUGGGGGAUUCUUAUGAUGAGGCACAGGCAUAUGCUAAAAAAAGGGCCAAAGAGGAGGGUAGAACAUUCAUACCUCCUUUUGAUCACCCAGAUGUUAUAAUGGGACAGGGAACAGUUGGAAUGGAAAUUGUGCGUCAAGUGCAAGCCCCAAUUCAUGCAAUCUUUGUGCCUGUAGGGGGUGGCGGGCUAAUAGCUGGUAUUGCAGCAUAUGUAAAGAGGGUUAAUCCUGAGGUAAAGAUCAUUGGUGUGGAACCCUCUGAUGCAAAUGCAAUGGCAUUGUCCCUUCAUCAUGGUGAAAGAGUGAUACUGGACCAGGUUGGAGGUUUUGCAGAUGGUGUGGCUGUUAAAGAGGUUGGUGAAGAAACUUUUCGUUUAUGCAAGGAAUUGGUAGAUGGUGUGGUUCUUGUAAGCCGUGAUGCUAUCUGUGCCUCAAUAAAGGAUAUGUUUGAGGAGAAAAGAAGCAUUUUGGAGCCAGCGGGUGCUCUUGCCCUUGCUGGAGCUGAAGCAUACUGUAAAUAUUAUGGCCUUAAGGGCAAAAAUGUUGUUGCAAUAACGAGCGGAGCAAAUAUGAACUUUGAUAAACUGAGGGUUGUGACGGAACUUGCCAAUGUUGGUAGACAACAAGAGGCUGUGCUUGCAACUGUUUUGCCAGAGAAGCCUGGGGCGUUCAAACGCUUUUGUGAACUGGUGGGACCUAUGAAUAUCACUGAGUUCAAAUACAGAUGUAAUUCUGAAAAGGAGGCUGUUGUUCUAUAUAGUGUUGGGCUUCAUACAGUUUUUGAAAUUGAUGCACUUCAGCAGCGGAUGGAAUCUUCUCAACUGAGAACUUGCAAUCUUACAUCAAGUGACUUGGUCAAAGAUCAUUUACGUUAUUUGACGGGUGGCAGACUGAAAGUUUCGGACGAGGUUCUUUGUCGUUUUGUUUUCCCAGAAAGGCCUGGUGCUCUCAUGAAAUUCUUGGACGCUUUCAGUCCACGUUGGAACAUUAGUUUGUUCCAUUACCGAGGGCAGGGUGAAACUGGCGCGAAUGUGUUGGUUGGAAUUCAGGUUCCUGAAAAUGAGAUGGACGAGUUUCAUAGUCGUGCCAACAGUGUUGGAUAUGAUUAUGUUAUUGUAACUGAUGAUAUUAACUACCAGCUUCUGAUGCAUUAACUGGAGUCGCUGUGAUAUUUCAGCUGGAUUAUUCUAUCAGACUCAGCAAUCAGCAUUCUAACUGUUUGGAGCAAUCAGCAUUAUGAUAUAAAGUGAAGAGGGGAGUUCUAUGCAUUCUGCUUUGCGGUUCUUUCACCAUUUUUGUAAUAUAUGAUUAGGGUUCCAUUGGUGUUGCAUAAUUUGACGAGUUUUUAAUUUAGGCAAAUCAAUAUGUAUGCGCAUGGAUGCAAGGGACAAUGAAGAUGAUGCAUAUUUAUGGAGAAGCUCAGUAGUGAAAAUCUGGUUCUAGGAGAAUCUUUCUAUUUUCAUGUCA